AUGGCGGAGGAGAUGCCCGUGGACCUGAGGACGUGGCGGAAGGGGGACACCGCCGAGUGCCAUGGGAGCGGGGUUCCCCGUCCCAAAGACCCCGGGGGGCAGCGGGCUUCUCAGGGCAGCGGGGCAUUCCCUGCACCCUGGCACGGCGCCCCGGGGGGCCCAAGGACUCCUCCCCCCCGCCUCGGGGCGCCGAGCCCGGGGCCCCCCGACGAGGGGGGCAGGAAAGCGGAGACUUCGCUGCCCCUGCGCAAACGCCGCUACGUGGUGCGGGGGCCGGGCUGGGAGCGGCCAGGGCCCCCCGCCGGGAAGGUGCCCAAGACGGAGAGCGACGGGGGGCAGGAGGGCGCCUCCGGGGAGCAGCAUCCCCCCUUCUGCAACGGCUACUGCCCCCCCUACGUGGCUGUGGAGUACACCCGCCUGCCAGCUCCCUACCUCAUAGGUCUGACCGGACCUUUCCUGGUCCCGGAGCGGGCCCCCUUCUUCCACCCCGUGGCCCCCCACCCCCUGCUGCCGGCCCCCCUGCUGGGGCGCCCCGCCACUCCCUACCCCCUUCUCUGCCCCCUGCAGACACAGAUGGCUGCUGACAUCGCUACGGCGACCAAGCAGGACGAGGAUGGAGACACGGCUCUGCACAUCGCUGUGGCCCAGGGGAACCUGCCCGUUGCCCAGCGCCUGGUCAGCCUCUUCCUACAGGGUCAGCGGGACCUGGACAUCUACAACAACAUGCGGCAGACCCCUUUGCACCUGGCGGUGAUCACCACCCAGCCGUCCCUGGUGAAGCUGCUGCUCUCGCACGGGGCUUCCCCGAUGGCACUGGACCGGCACGGACAAACGUCGGUGCACCUGGCCUGCGAGCACGGCAGCCCCCGGUGCCUGCGAGAGCUGCUGGAGUGGGGCAGCAACCGACCUGAGCUGGAGGCCCGGAACUACGAGGGUCUCACCCCCCUGCAUGUGUCUGUGGCCACCUCGAACCGGGACACGGUGCUGCUGCUGCUGGAGCACGGGGCGGACAUCGACGCUGUGGACAUCAAGAGCGGCCGCUCCCCCUUGCUCCAUGCCGUGGAGAACAACAGCCUGGACAUGGUGGAGCUGCUAAUACAGAAUGGGGCGAAUGUGAACGCGCAGUCGUAUGCGGGGUGCACGGCGCUGCACGUGGCCAGUGGACGGGGGCUGCUGGACGCCCUGCGGCUGCUGGUGCGGAACGGGGCCGACUGCGGGAUCAAGAACUAUCACAAUGACACGGCGCUCAUGGUGGCCAAGAACCGGCGGGUGAUCGACAUCCUGAGGGGAAAGGCCUCCCGGCCUCCCCCAGCCCCCGACAGCACCCGGGACGGGGCCUCCCCGGCACCCAGUUCAGCCAGCUCCCCUGGUGCCCGCCUGACCCCCAACGGUCUGCCCAACGCCUCCCCUGGCUCCCCGUCUUCUGCCCCGAGCCCUCCCCACACCCCAGGAGGCUGCAGAACUGCCCCAACCAAUCAGAGACCAGAAACUGCUGAGCCAGCCAAUGGGGCAUCAAUGCCUGGCCCCCUCCGUGGGGUGAAACUGGAGGGAAACAUGCCCCCGCCCACCCUGGGGCAGCCAAUGGGCUCUGCCACUGCCCCCAAGCCCUUUCUGCGAUUGGCCGAAAGCCUGCUGGAGCCUGCACUCCAUGGUGCCAUCUACCCAAUUGCGUCUCCCGGCCAGGACACCUCAACCAAUCACCUCUCGCUGCUGCCUGGCGCCUUUCACCCGCCCAUUGUCCAGGGGCUGCCACCCAAUCGGAUUCACCUGAGAGGUGCCGGGCUGGACCAAUCACGGACUCCGCGUGGGGCAGGGAGCCCACCCGCGGCUGCGGAAGGGCAGUGGCUUCGCCACAGGGACAGCGGGGGCAGCUGA